UUGUUGUGGAUGGACAGUCAUGGAAAAGUCUUCCACUGUACAAGUAGUUUAGUACGGUUUUACAAUGUUUAGAGGAGGUUAAAAAUAAAUAAAAAAAGAAUAGUAUGUGUGAAGUGUUUACAUAAACGUGCAAUGUGAAGGAAUGGCCGCUAUUUGGACACCACUUGCGCUUCAUUGGCAGCAGCAUCCGUUUCCUCUCUUUCAAGUUUUCGCGGUAAAGGAAUGAGGCCAUGUGUGGAUAUGAGCUAUAUCCAUUCUCAAAUCCUUCUGAUAUUCCAAGUGUUGCCAUUGAAUUCUGGAUAUGCCAGGUGUAAAGACGUCUUUAUCUAAAGGGGCCUCCGGUCAAAAAGAAAACAUCUUUUCGGUUAUGGAAAAAUGCUGAUGAAUCUACAGAUUGGAGAAACACAAUAUCAGUGAGCUGUUGGACUGACUCAAUGACAUACUCCAAGACACUUUCAGUCAAGUGCAGCACACCUGCUCAGAAACUAGAGCAGAAAUUGUUGGUGAAUGGACAAAUUCUGAAAACAACAUGAUCACAGAGCCUGAAAUGUCUAAGAAGGGAAAACGUUCUUCAAGAAUCAACAGUUCUGUAUACAAACAGUCAAAGUGUCCAAACCAGAGCAAGAAGAAUGCUAAAAAGAGAUCAGAUGAAUCUUUUUCCUGCACCCCAGCCACAAUUUGUUUCAUCAGAAAGUAUUGCCCAUCUACCUCAACUGAUGCUGGAUCAAACUGUACCAAUAGCAAGGACAGUCUAGUAUUAGGCAAGAAAUACUGGGAAGAUAUUACAGCCUCCUGCAGUCAGACUCCAUACUGCCUUUAUUUAUACCAUGGGGUGGAGCUUGAGGACGAGAAAGAGGCCAGUGUGGUCCUGUUGGGCUUUUUUGACAAAGCUACUGGGGAAAACAAGAUCAGACUGCUUGGUGUUCUUCAUCCGAAGGAACAGACUGCUGAUGCCAUCUGUACCGGCAUUGUGGAGAUGCUAAGGAAGUUCAGAAUACCUCUAAUGAAUAUGGCAAUAUUUUAUUCAAAUUUCCCAGAUCAUGAACAUCUUCUCGCUGGUCUAAAGCUGCUGAAACCUGAGAUUGUAUCUUUUUGUGGACUUACAGAUAUGGCAGGACAAGCAUGCCAUAAUGGUGUCAUGAAAAUGGAGUUUUCUGGCCUGAUUCUGAAUCUCAUCAGAGAAAUUUACAAACACUUUCCAUCUUUCCCAGCUGCUCUACAAAACUUGAUUGAAGAUGUUGAGGGGUCAAACUUCAAUAAUCUCCUUACGUCUCAAUGCUCUCUCUUUUGGAGAAUAAUCCAGAAAAUGACUUUAGCUUGGUCAGACCUUGAGAAAUACUUUGGAUCUCUGGAUACAGACGAAAAAGCAAUCUGUCGUCAUCUUAGCGAUCCCAAAAUAAGACUCAGCGUUCUCUUUCUUAGCCAUGCUUUGCAACCGCUUUGUGAUUUUCAGGAGAGUUUCGAACGAGGUGUCAGCGUGACACAGCUGCUCCAAGAUGCUUCUCAAUUAGUGAGAUUUUACACAGUGAGUUUCCUCAGACCAAGAACAGCAGAGUUCUUUCUUAGGAGAGGAAAGACCUCGCUUGUACAGGACACAGUGGGACAUUUACCUAGAGGAGAGGUCCAAGUUGGCAAACAGGCUGCUGAUUUUCUCCUGCAGUGCUCUGCGGAGUUGUCUGACUACUUGGAGACGUUCCACAGUUCCAUCAUCUCCUUCUACACAACUGUUACUGUUAAUCUUGUUGAACGUUUACCCCUCCCAGACUCCACCCUGAGAAACUUGUCAUUAGUGUUGAGUCCAGGAAAAAAGCUUGAGGUGACUGGCAAAGUCGUCCAAGAUUUAGGUGUCUGUUUUGGGGUUUGCUCAAGCCCUGAGAAUGUCAGCUUGCUCACAGAUGAGUUUUUGGAGUACCAGUUCAUUGAUGAGGGUGACGCACAUCCAGCUGACCAGUCAGUGGAGCAGUACUGGAAGGCCGAGCUGAGGAUUAUGGGAAGGACAUCUAGUUUUGGAAAAAUUAUCAUUAGCUUAUUGGCCCUGCCCAAAACAUUGAAAAAAGAGAUCAUUUUUGAACAGAUUUUUAAUCAAAAUGACAAUCUCAAUGAGAGUAAAAUGAAGGACUGUGAGAAAAAGGACAUGUCUGAGGACGAUAUCACAGACAGCAGCUCAUAUAAAAGCGCUCCAUCACAUCUCAGCCCAGAGACUCAAGAUGUUAUUGACUUAAGGGAAGUGGAAGACAUUGUGGCAAUGGAGGUGGAGGAUAUUGUGACAGUCUAUUCUGAUUCUGGCCCAGAAAGUCAAAAUGACAGAAAAGGAGAUCAGCCAUAUGUGUCCAGUGAUAAUGAUGAGUACAGCAGCAGUGAUGAUGAUGAUGAUGAUGACAGUUACAGCAGUAGUGAUGAUGAUGUUAAAUGGACUGAGAAAAGAAAAGAAAGCAUCUUGCGUAACAAUGAGAAAACAAACAGUCCAUACCAGGGCAAUUACACAGUCGGUGAGAUGGUUUGGGGGCCGAUUGAGGGCUUUGGUCUUUGGCCUGGACUAGUUCAGAGCUGGGACAGGAAGAGGCCUUGUGGCUCCAUACGUAAAGUGAUUUUCUUUGGAAACAGGAUGCUGACAGAGAUCCAAGUUGACGAUCUCCUGCCCUUCUUUUCAUUUGCUAAGUGCUUCUGCUCCAAUUCCUUUGCUACAGUAGCGACAUAUAAAGAUGCUAUCUUCAAUUCUCUGCAGGUGGCAUCCAGACGCAGUAGAAUGUUUUUUUCUCCUGAGAUGGACUCAACGGAUGAGCUGCUUAGAGUUAUGCUGGACUGGGCCUUUGGUGGCUUUAAACCAACAGGCCCGGAUGGACUUCGACCUCAAUCAGAAUACAGUGAAGAGGAUUUUAUGCCACGAUCUGUGAAUGGGAAUGUUGGAUCCUCUCCGAACUACAAAGACCAUAGAGAAAAAUUAUUUAAAUUAACUGUAUCUCUGAAUAAACUCCCUGAAUCUCUGGACCUGCACAAAGGUUCGAUAAACCUCAGAAAAAAAGAUGUUUACAGAAAGUUCAUGCAUCCAAAAUUGAAUCAGAGAUCUGUGCAGACUGUGAGGACAUGUAGAGAACAGAAACGUACAAACUGGAAUAAGUAUCUAAAUAUCAUCGAAAGUAUGCAGGUCGAGUCCAGACAGAACAGCCAAAAAAGAUAUCAAAUGGUGCAUGAAUUCCUGGAAAACAAGAGAAACAUUGAUGAGUUCUGCUUAUCAUGUGGGAGUACAUUCGUCGAAAUCAUCCACCCACUCUUCCAAGGCAGCCUGUGCAUGAAAUGCAAGUAUAAUUUCACGGAGACGCUGUACCGUUAUGAUGAAGAUGGCUAUCAGUCGUACUGCACCGUGUGCUGUUCUGGCAUGGAGGUCAUUCUGUGCGGUCAUGAAAGCUGUUGUCGCUGCUAUUGUGUGGACUGUCUGGAUAUCCUAGUGGGUGAGGGGACAUUCGACCGGCUGAAAAAUGUGGACCCGUGGACUUGUUACCUGUGUGCACCUGAGAGCAGCUCUGGAGCCUUGAAGCCCAGGCAUGACUGGAGCAUCCGUGUGCAGGAAUUCUUUGCCAACAACAGUGCCAUGGAGUUUGAGCCCCAUCGUGUUUACCCAUCAAUCCCCGCUAACCUGCGACGUCCAAUCAGAGUCCUUUCCUUAUUUGAUGGUAUAGCCACAGGAUACCUCGUUCUGAGGGAUCUUGGCUUCAAAGUGGAAAAAUAUGUGGCCUCAGAAGUUGAUGAAGAAUCAGUUACCAUCUCUAUGGUCAACCAUGAUGGAAAAAUCUCUCAUGUGGCUGAUGUUAAGAACAUUACUAAAAAACACAUUGAGAAAUGGGGCCCGUUUGAUCUUCUCAUCGGUGGAAGUCCGUGUAAUGACUUGUGCACAGCCAAUCCUAGCCGAAAGGGCUUGUUUGAGGGCACUGGGCGGCUCUUUUUCGAAUAUUAUCGGCUGCUGAAUGUUUUGAAGCCGAAGGAGGAUGACCCACGACCGUUCUUCUGGCUGUUUGAGAACGUGGUGUCAAUGGAAACCAGAGUUAAAGCUGACAUUUCCCGCUUUCUGGAAUGUAACCCUGUGCUUGUUGAUGCUGUGAAAGUGAGUCCAGCUUACAGAGCGAGAUUCUUCUGGGGGAACAUACCUGGGAUGAACAGACCAAUCAUAGCAUCUCAGAAAGAUAAACUCAGUCUUCAGGAUUGUCUGGAGGCCGGUCGCACUGCAAAGUAUGAAAAAGUUCGCACUAUCACCACACGACCAAACAUACAGAAACCAGGCGUUGAUGACAGGCAUUACCCCAUCAUCAUGAACGGAAAAGAUGACAGUCUGUGGAUCACUGAAUUGGAGAAAAUAUUUGGAUUUCCGAAGCAUUACACAGACGUGAAAAAUCUGGGGCGUAUGCAGAGGCAGAGAGUGCUGGGGAAGUCCUGGAGUGUCCCUGUCAUAAGGCAUCUUUUUGCACCACUAAAGGAUUACUUUGCUUGUGACUAAGUUCUCUUAAAAUGAACAGAAGUUUAUGGUGCACUUUUCACCUUUCAGAGUAAAAAGACUCAGGGAAACAACAGUUUGUUACUUUUUAUUGUUUUUUUGUCGUUUAAAAUGAAUAAACCUAGUAAAUGUU